AUGAUGAGCUAUCCAAAUAUAUUUGGAAUUGGUCUAAUAGUUGAUUUAGAAACAAAUGCUAUAUUUUCUGAAAAUCACCCGCAAAAGCGUAUUUUUCUCUCCAAUCCAGACAUUUUUAAUAUAAAAAUGGGACACUUCUUCUAUUUUUCUGCUGCUUAUUGGCCACUAAAACAAGUUUAUCUAAUUGGAAAUUAUCAACUUAUUUCAGAAGAACGACGUAAACCAAUUGACACUUAUUAUCUGGGGAACAAGCUUAUUUUCGAGGAUUAUUUUCGUUGUUAUAUUUUCCAAAUGGAUGAUACUCACAUGAGCAGAAAUUUUGGACCAAUUUCUGAUUCAAUGGGUUUGAUUACCAGGAAAACAAAAACCGAAGAAGAAGAUUGGCCCACUGAAGGGCAUGGCUAUGUUUGUUUUAACCCUGAUUGGCAAGCCGGACGUUCAUCUCAAUUUAUUCUUUAUUCAUUGGAAUUAGACAGAACAGCGAAAUGUGUUACUAGUUCUUAUAUACAACAGAAAGAAUUAAAAUGGUGGCAACAUCAACAUAAAGAUGCCCAUGAACUUUGUCGAUGUGAUGAAAUUUGGCAUUUGCUUUAUUCGAUUAAACAAAAAUCAGAAGAAUUUUUUGAUGAAGAAAAAAGAGAAAAUUUAAAAAAUACAUUGAAAGUGUAUCAAAAUGAAACUUGUCUCAACUAA